AUUUCUUUUUAUUUAUUUAUUUUUAACUUGUCUUUUCAAGUUUUAACCCACCUAAUUCGUGCUCCCCUUUCCCCUAGUUAUCCUAUUAUCGCGCCAAUGCUUCAUCAAACCUCACUCUACAACAUACCGGUUGUGCAGACGAGUGAAGUUAAACACGUGUACACCCAAUCAACGUCGCCAAGUCUGAGUUUUUCGUCUCUGGUAUCAUCAUCUUCUGAUAGUGAUCUUCUUCCUGAUUUGUGGCUGGACUGCAAAUUCCAAGAAGAAUCGAGAGCCUUGGAGUACCAGGUUCAACAACAAUUACAACAAGAACAAUUACAAUUACAAUUACAAUUACAGCAGCAACAACAACAGCAACAACAGCAGCAACAACAAUAUUACUACCAGCUUCAGAAUCAACAGCCAAGACAACUGGUUUGGAACGGUAACGACACCUUGUCAGACAUUGAUGUGAGAUCUUUGUUGCCUAAUAACCUUGCAACUGAACUUACAGAGGAAAAUCUUCUUCAAUAUGAACUUGUGACUCCAGACCAUUCGAAAAUUUAUACAAGGAAAAACUCUACAUUUUCAUCUUCAGACCACUCACAUGAAGAGUUGUUUGACUUUGAACAACAACAACAGCAACAGCAACAACAGCAACAUCAACAACAUCAUCACCAUCAAGUGCAAGCACAAGUUCCAGCUCCACGCCCCCACACAAAGACUCAAACACAAUCGCAAUCACAGUGUCAAAAGCAACAGCCUGUAAAUACACAACUCUACAAGACUGAGCUUUGUGCAUCUUUUGUCAAGAUGGGGAUCUGUCCAUAUGGUAACAAGUGUCAAUUUGCUCAUGGCCACAAUGAACUCAAGGUUGUAGAAAGACCACCAAAGUGGAGAUCUAAGCCUUGUGUGAACUGGGCCAAGUACGGGUCCUGCAGAUAUGGAAACAGAUGUUGUUUUAAACAUGGUGUCUAAUUGAUACCUCCUCACUUAAAGAAAAGUAUAUAUCACGAACACACAUUACAUUGGCUUGAAAUUUUUUAUUACUAUUUGUUUUUUUAUUAUCUAAUUGGGACGGUUCCUUCAUACUAAAAAAGUUUAGUUUGCAUUCAUCGG